GCUUUCCUCUUCAUUCUUCAACACAACACCAACUCCCUCUCUCUCUCUCUCUCUCUCUCUCUCUCUCAAUCUCUCUCUCUUCCACUUUGCUUUGGAUUUUAGACUCACUUCACAACUUGGUUUGUGUUUGUGACUUUGUUUUUGUGCUGUGUUGGUCUCACUCAUCCAUCUGAGUUCAUGUGUUUGUUCAUCCUUUAGAACAUUUAUGCCAUGCUAUUCUUCUUUUUCUCUAGCUCCAUAUAGUUCAAUUAGUAGUUUCUAGCUCUGUGUCUAACAUUUUUUGAGAGUUUAGUCUCUGACUUUUGACCCAGAGAUAUAUCUUGAGUUCACCCAAAGGAAAGUUGUUCAAGUAUUUCUAAUAGCUUGAAGUUGAAGUGGCUUUGUAUAAAAAUUUUGAGACUUUGGUGCAUGGAGAGUUGUUUGUGAGAGUUUUUGGAAGAUGGGGUUUGGGAGCAAUGCAGUUCAAGCAGGGAGUUUGGAUGUGGACAAGUCAAAGGCCAGGAAGAACAAGGAAAGUGGUGUGAAGGAGAGAAAAUGGGGGUUUAGAUUUAGCAUCUUCGGGAGUUGCAUACCUUCAAGAUCAAAAGUUGAUAGCACCACAGUUAGUGGCACUAGUGCCCCUAAUAAUGGUGAAAAUGUGAAGUCAGUGGUAACUGAAUCAGAGGAAAACAAAUCUGCAUCUGAUAGAAUCACAAAGGAAACAGUUGCUGCUCCAGGGUCCUCUACCACAACCAGUGAUGCAGAAAGCAACCCUUCCACUCCAAUAUUCAGUGAGGAGUUGAAGGUUGCUUCUUGUUUGAGAAAAUUCACAUUCAACGGACUUAAGGUGGCAACAAGGAAUUUCAGACCAGAGAGUCUUCUCGGUGAAGGAGGGUUUGGUUGUGUCUUCAAGGGUUGGAUUGAAGAGAAUGGAACUGCACCUGUGAAACCAGGCACCGGGCUUACGGUUGCGGUCAAGACCCUCAACCACAAUGGCCAUCAGGGUCACAAAGAGUGGCUUGCUGAGUUAAAUUAUCUUGGUGAUCUUGUCCAUCCAAAUCUUGUUAAACUGGUUGGUUUCUGCAUUGAAGAUGACCAAAGAUUACUGGUUUAUGAGUUUAUGCCCAGAGGCAGUUUGGAAAACCACCUCUUUAGAAGACCCCUGCCUCUUCCUUGGUCUAUCAGAAUGAAAAUUGCACUUGGUGCUGCAAAGGGUCUUGCUUUUCUCCACGAAGAGGCUCAAAGACCCAUAAUAUAUCGUGAUUUCAAAACAUCUAAUAUACUAUUAGAUGCGGAAUACAAUGCCAAACUCUCUGAUUUUGGACUUGCCAAAGAUGGUCCUGAAGGGGAAAAGACACAUGUGUCAACAAGAGUUAUGGGAACGUAUGGUUAUGCGGCCCCCGAGUAUGUGAUGACUGGACAUUUGACAUCAAAGAGUGAUGUCUACAGCUUUGGAGUAGUGCUACUUGAAAUGCUCACCGGCCGGCGAUCCAUUGACAAGAAGAGACCAAAUGGGGAACACAAUCUGGUGGAGUGGGCAAGACCGGUUCUCGGAGACCGGAGGAUGUUCUACCGGAUAAUCGACCCCCGCCUCGAAGGCCACUUCUCGGUUAAAGGGGUACAAAAGGCUGUGCAGCUUGCUGCUCAAUGCCUUAGCCGUGAUCCAAAAUCCAGACCCUUGAUGAGUGAAGUUGUUCAAGCUUUGAAGCCUUUACCAAACCUCAAGGACAUGGCUAUCUCAUCUUAUCACUUCCAGAUUGCGCGAGUAGACCGAACCAUGUCCAUGCCGAAUCAUAAAAAUGGCAUCAGAACACAGAUAGUAUCUGUGCCAAGGAAGGGUCAACCACCUGUGAGGACGUUGUCUACUUCAAAUGUUCCACAUGGUUCUCCCUACAUUCGAUAUACCAAGUCUCCAAAACCUACUGGGUAAGAAUCAUCACAGUUUCACCAUCUUUAGUUUGAUGAUUCUCUCUAUUCAUUCAGUUCCCACAAAUUACUUCAUCAGCUGUACAUACAGCAACUUCUGUGUCCUACAAGAGUUUCUCUGAAACCUCUGAUGGAAGAAUCAUUAAAGUCUUCUCUGUCGUUGCAUAAUCUCAAAUAAGUUAACUGCAUGACACAGUUUCAUGUUACGUGGUAAUUGUAGGGGCUUGUCGUACACAGAUUUCAAGUGGGGUAACUGUUAUUCACUGAAAUUGUAUAACUUUUCUACGUUGUCUUGGUUUUUUCUUCCUUUCAGAAUGUAGUUUUUGUAAAGAGAAAAAAUGUGGUGUUAACUCAUGUUAGCCAUAGAUUUUUACACUCUCAUUGGACAAUAUACUUUUUCAGCCAACACUCACUGAUGUUGUACUAGAAAAAUGUUUGUUUUAUUUUUUAUUGUUGUGUCAAAUGUGUUGGUUGUUGAGAAAGAGCAUUGUUUUGUUUUUAUGUGCAA